AAUUACAUUAUACAUAAUUUUCCGCGCUUUAUAUUAAUUUUAUUUAUUAUAAUAUAAAUGGCAUACAAUUGAAGGAAAUUUGUAAUGGUUUACAAACUCACAGAAAAAUAUACACAAUUUUUUGUGUAAAAAUAGAUUCAAUUUUUCGUUAAAUUUAUUUUUGCGAUUUUAUUUUUUACUAUUGCUAUAUUACUUCUUAAACUGUGCAUUAUUUUAUAAAAUUUCGUGAAAUUGGUUGAAUGUAUUUUUAAGUGUCAGUUAUGUUUUUAAUUAAUAAAAGUGUGUUUAUUUCCCGUAAUAAAAGAUAUUAUUGUAUGUGCAAUUGACAUGAAUAUGACCAUGAUCUUUUGCAUGAAUCAUUGUUAUAAAGAGAGAAAGAAAAAGAUAAAGAGAAAGACUGAUUAUUUACCAAUUUGAAGAGGAGGUGCGCAUACAUAAAAGCUUGAUCAAUUGCAUGGAUCGGUCUUGAUGUACGUUCGUCGAUCGUUGUGUAACAUUGCAAUUCUAUAAAGUAUUACUUCACAAAAAGAAUCAUCUGGGCUCAAAAUAUGUUCGCUGCUAUUUUUACUUUUGCACUUAUAGCGGGACAUGUUGCGGCAGAAAUACCCUCCUACAUUCAUGUGUGUGGCCGCAGAGACCCGAAUCUCGAUGAAUGCAUCGCGAAUAACAUUGACAAUUUGAAAGGAAAGCUCUGCGAUGGAAUUCCUGAAUUGGGCGUUCCGUCAGCCAAUCCAUAUUUUCUUGACAAAUUAGCCAUUUCCGAUACGCCUAACGCGAAAAUAUACAUUAGAGAUGCAAAAAUAACGGGAAUGUGUGACUUUGUCGUAAAAUACCUUCACACAGAUCUCGACAAACUCCACUACGAUAUUGAAUUAUUAUUCAAUCGGAUCCAAGUGAACACCACUUAUGAUUUCAACAUACGUUUACUGGUGCCUAUCGCCUACAAGGGACUGGUUUAUAUUACUUUGGAUAACAUACAGGCAAAAGUAGACCUGGACAUGAAUCUGGCAACUCGAGACGGCAGAAAAUAUACAUAUAUAUCAAAGAUGAAGGUCAAUCUCGAUCUCAAAAAUUACAACACCACGUUUGAUUUGAAUGGAUCGGAAUUAGGACAAUUACACGAAAUUGUUAACAGUUUUGUAGGCAACAAUCAAGAAGAGAUUUUUAAAAUUCUUAAGCCGGUUUUAGAAGAGACGAUCUCCAAACGAGUUAUCUUGAUUUCCAACGACAUAGUUAAACUCUUUACUUAUGAGGAGCUCUUUCCCGAUCGAACGUAAACUAUUUUUUAUAAAGAAUCUAUCUUUUGUGACCCAUUUAAAGAAUAAUUGAAACAAGACUUAUUAUAAUGUGUAUUUAAAAAUUUUUUUUAUUAGUGUUGGUAUAAGCAAUUUGAAUAUUAAGUUGGCAGUUUACACUUUUAGUAUAGUUUCUUUUCGUUUUAUGUUGGCCUUCUAUAGGGCUCCCUCUUUCUGUAUCGCCGCUUCUUACCGUUUUCAUUCCGCUGCUGUAUGUGUACUAAAUAAAAAGUUUUUUUUGUACUCUCAAAA